AACAUGUGAAGUAAAUCUUCAUCGUAAACGAACCCACUAUUUUAGUUCAACAACACUGCCACUAAUUAUUCCAUUUGUAGAAUUAUCCUUAUUGGAUAGACAGAAAAAACAACAGGCGAAAACAUCCAAUACCACGGAAUUGUGUAAACCAAAUAUCGAUCAAUUAAAAUUAUUAACUCGAAGUACUGAUCGCCUUUUAAAUGAAAUCAUCGCAUCAAGAACAAAAAAAAAUGUAAGCAUUAAAAGAAUGCAUGAAAAGGCAAUCAAGUAA